CAAUGCAACCAAACGGAGCCUUAAUGUAAUUAAACGUUUUAUGUCGUUGUUAUUCUCUUUUUCACCAUAGUAACAAAAAAUUACUUGGGUUUUUCGCUCUAUGGCGUCUUAACGGCUACACAACACUAGAGUGCUAGACUAUACUACGACACUAAACAUUCAUUUCUUGUGGGUGUCACUUCAAUUAAACGACACGAUCCAAAGACUUGAACCUUUUUCUUUAAUGGAGUCUCUCGUAUAGUUAUUAUUAUAGAGUGGAAUUCUCUCUCACGCAUUGUUCAUGCCUUCUUCCCACCCUUCACUAAAAACACACACAGUCACGCAGUGAAAAAUACAGAAAAGGGAAAAAAGAAGACAGACUUGUGUAGUGUUAACGAAUCUGUUGAUUCCGCCGCGGUGGUGGCGGUGGCGGAGUGGUGGUGGUGGUGCCGUUCCUUCUCUCUUCUUCAUCAUCAACAACAACAAAAAAAAAAAGCAAAUCAAUGUCGGUUACCUUUUCUCUCUGCUUUAAUCUUUCUCUCUUUCUUUAAUUUGUUUGUUGUUUUUAUCCCCACACCCGGAAUCAAUCUUUUUCUUUAUACCUUCUUGUAAAAACAAUGUCUCUGUGUUUUUGUUUUUUUUUUUUUGGUUCCGAUUAAUCAAUUCUUUAUUCGUUCGGCACUUUCUUUGAGAUUUGAUUCCUCCUUAUUGAGCUUUUUCUUUUCUUCUUAAAGAUGUCAAAGAAUUUUACUACGGUAGUAGAGUAGAGGCUACUCCUCUUAUUCCUCCUCCUCCUCAUUUGAUGUAAUUUGCGGUAAUUUUCUCUGCGAUCCGCAAAUUAGUUGAAUAAUUUUGCAAAAUUUGGUGAUGCUCUGUUUGGAAUUCACUGUCAAAUUGUGAGAUUGCGGGAUUGUACAGUCGAUGAGAAAGCUUCUACGUUCAUUUUGAAGAGAAUUUGUCCGUCAAAGAGUAAUUACAAAUUUUUGAAGGAUGAGUUGGCCAUCGCCUAUGGAGUUCCAUUAUGGAAACUCUGGACAUGGAAUGCCUUAUACUUUAAUUGGAAGUUUUGUGGAUUUGUUUGGAGGCCUUACCUAUGAUCAUGUCAAUUUCAUUUUUGCUGACACCCAUCCUUAUGCACAGGAGGGUAUGUACCCUUCAACAAAUACCAAUUUUUAUAAAUUCGGAUAUUCUGAACCUGGUAGUUUCUACUACAACUAUGGGCAAGGCUAUGUGGUGAAUGAUCACAUGAAUCUAUCAGAAAGCAAUGCAUACUGUAGGAAUUUAGAGAAUCCUUCAAAUAUGGUUGAAGACCAAACCCCCAAUGAGCAAUCACAAACAGAAAGGAAUUCGAGCUCCCCUUCACGUGCUAAUUCUGUGGAGUAUCCUCGGCGUCAUCAAAAUACUCGUGAUUUUGAGGUCGUUUGGCAAGAUAACAUCGAUCCAGACAACAUGACUUACGAGGAAUUACUUGAGUUGGGUGAAGCUGUUGGUACUCAAAAUCGAGGUCUUUCCCCGGAAGUUAUUUCCUCACUUCCGAUUUCCAAAUUUAAAUGUGGCUUGUUCUCUAGAAAGAAAUCAAGAAAUGAAAGGUGUGUUAUCUGCCAGAUGGAAUACAAAAGACGUGAUCGUCUAAUGACUCUUCCAUGCAAGCACAACUAUCACGUUGGCUGUGGCAGCAGAUGGCUUAGUAUUAAUAAAGCAUGUCCAAUUUGUUACAAGGAGGUUUCUGUCUAUGGAUCAAGGAUUUGAUCAAUUACCAUUCUCUUUCAUGUGUUCUUUUAAGGUUACAGCAUUGACCUCGUUCUCCUUACAAGGUUCUUACAUAGGAUUUUGUCGCUUUAGUAUAAAUGAUAGAACAUCGUUAAUACAUGAGCAAGGUUGGUGUUUGUACAAGUUCUAUUUAGGGGUUGCUUUGCAAUGAUUGGAGCGCUUGACUUCUACCUGUUGUCAGGUUGUAACUUGAUUUGGUAUUAUGAUUCUAGUGGAAUGACGAAUAGAAUCAGGUAAUCAUUUUACCUUGAUAAACUCUUCAGAAGGAUUUAGGUUUGAUGGUCUCAAUUUUACUUGAUUUCUUAGAGGGGAAACUGUUUGUUCGUUGCGCCCGUGGCUCAGCAGGCUCGUUUGUAUGAAACCGACGAUGACAAAAUCGUUUAGUAGCUAGUUAUUGAUGUGAACUCAUGUGUCAGCUAGAUUCUUAUGAUACUUGCAUAGAGUUUUCAAUUCUCAAGAUGCUCAAAUCAAUGUGGUUUGGUUUUGGUUUUUAACCCUGCUGGGUGGCGAAACCAAAACUUCUGAUAAUCACAAAAAUCAUCAAUACUUAUUACUUAAAGAGGGACUUUUUUAGCCAUGGACCCAUGGUACAUAAGUUUGUUCUUUUGUUCUCCGCAGUCUAUGGUGAAUUUCUCCUCUUGGAGUGCAACAGAGAAUUCAAUAGAAUUCCAAGUCCAAGAUAACCGGGAGCAUACAGUUGAGGAUCUAGCCGAUGGGAAACUCUCCAAGAUCAGUUCCACAAAGGAACUUGGAUCUGGAAUAUCAAGGUUUUGUAGAGCCUCUGGAUGAACAAUACAAAAGUGUCCAUCUUCUUUCCCUUGAAGACAUGAUAACUUAAUUACAUCUGAAUCUUGAGAACAGUAUGUGUAAUAACUUCCAUGAUUCUGUCUAGCAUGUAUCAAGCGCAGAAGAAAAUAUAUUGUAACUUAUCAAAUGGAUAAAAAGCAAAAAAUAGCACACAACGAAAACAAUACCAAUAAUGCAUUUCAUUUUAUUAUAAAAAAUAAAAACUCAAAGCCACUAAAAACGAGAUCCCAGU